CCCUGCCCUGCCCCGGGGGCGGAGGGCGGCCGAAGGCUGUUCCUCCUCCCCCGGCCCCGGGGCAGAGCGGGCGUCCGAGGAGCGCUGCUCCGCCGCCACCGCCCGAGGAUGCCGCCCGCCGCCCCGCUGCUGCCGCUGCUCCUGCCGCUCCUGCCGCUGCUGGCGGCGGCGCGCCCCGAGGCCGCCCCGCACAGGCCUACCUUUGCAUGUGGAGGAGUUGUGUCUGGAGAGUCGGGGUUUAUUGGGAGCGAAGGGUUUCCUGGAGUCUACCCUCCGAACAGCAAAUGCACUUGGAAGAUCACAGUUCCAGAAGGAAAAGUUGUGGUUCUUUCUUUUAGAUAUUUAGACCUGGAAAGUGACAAUUUGUGCCGAUACGAUUUUGUGGAUAUAUACAACGGCCAUGCCAAUGGACAACGCAUCGGCAGGUUCUGUGGUACUGUGAAACCAGGAGCCCUUGUAUCCAACAGCAAUAAAAUGUUGGUGCAGAUGACUUCAGAUGCUAAUACGGCUGGAAGUGGAUUCAUUGCAAAGUUUUCUGCAGCAGAACCACAUGAAAGAGGGGAUCAGUACUGUGGGGGACGACUGGAGAAGCCUUCUGGCUCCUUCCAAACGCCCAACUGGCCGGAGCGGGAUUACCCAGCCGGAGUUACGUGCUCCUGGCACAUCGUCGCCCCGAAGAACCAGCUAAUAGAAUUAAAGUUUGAGAAGUUUGAUGUGGAGAGAGACAACUACUGCAGAUACGACUAUGUCGCAGUGUUUAAUGGUGGGGAAGUCAACGAUGCGAAAAGGAUUGGGAAGUAUUGUGGAGACAGUCCACCAGCGCCUAUUCUAUCUGAGAAAAAUGAGUUGCUCAUUCAGUUUUUAUCUGACUUAAGUUUAACAGCUGAUGGUUUUAUUGGCCAUUAUAAAUUUAGACCAAAAAAGUUACCAACAACUACAGUUCCACCUACUACCACAACAACCCCUUCUACAUCAAGUUUGAAACCUACAGUUGCCCUGUGUCAGCAAAAGUGUAAAAGGAGUGGGACUCUUGAAAGCAAUUACUGUUCAAGCAACUUUGUAAUAACUGGAACAGUAAUCACAGCAAUAACGCGUGCUGGAAGUUUGCAUGCAACAAUAUCGAUCAUUAAUGUAUAUAAGGAGGGAAAUCUAGCAAUCCAGCAAGCAGGCAAGAGUUUGAGUGCCAAGAUUGUUGUAGUAUGUAAGCAAUGUCCUCUCAUCAGAAGAGGUUUAAACUACAUCAUCAUGGGUCAAGUAGAAGAAGACGGUAGAGGCAAAGUCCUUCCCAACAGCUUUGUCGUGAGUUUUAAGACUAAGAACCAAAAGAUCCUGAAUGCCUUGAAAAACAGAACCUGUUAAAACUGAACUCUGCAGCUGCACUCUAUCAUCUGUCUUGGAAAAGAAUUUUCACUUAGUUUAAGUCAUGAAAACACUGACUGUCAGCACUAAGACUAUGCUUACCCUUUCUUCCCUCCUACCCACCUAAGCUCAUUCCAGCACAAAGUGGCAUCAGUUACAAAUCCUGAAUAUGAAAGUUGAAGAUUUGCAGCACAGCCAUCUGAUCUGAAACAUACCAAAUUCCAGUUACUUGGAAGCUGUUAAUUUAUAAUAAUUGUCCAUUUUUUAAAGGAGUUAUAUAUGUAAAAUAAAAAUUUUAAGUGCAAUAUUUAUAGUAACUCAUUAUAACAUAGCUUUUUCUCUGAAGUUUUUUUAUUACAUGGAUUCCUGCAUUAUUAUCUGUGCUUAAUAAAAUAUUUUAAGA